AUGACUGCAGCCACGCAGGUUCAGGAUAUGAUCCUAGGGAAAGAGCAGGUGAUAAAUGACGUUCCCAAAGUGAUCAAAGAACUUCAGUUUGGCGUCCUGUCGGAUCAAGACAUAAUCAAUCAGUCUGCUGUUGAACUUGUCGACCGCCGCCUAUUCGAUCUCGACAAGACACGCUCGGAUGGAACUCGUGCUAUCGCUGAAUAUGGGCCUCUUGAUAGGCGCAUGGGCGUUUCAUCUAAACAGAACAGCUGCGAAACCUGUGGACAACAUCUGCAAGAGUGUAACGGUCACUUUGGGCAUGAUUGUUCCUGCAUUCUCCUCUCCGAAGCCGACCGCCGAAAAUUCCUGGGUGCGAUCCGCAGAUCGCAAAAUGAUAGCCUGAAACAGACUGCUAUUGUCAGACGGGUGGCAGAUCAAUGCAAAAAGACGAAAGUGUGCUUCGAGUGUGGCGCUGUCAAUGGCUUGGUUCGAAAAGCGACGACACAUUCUCUCAAGAUUACCCACGACAAGUUCAAGUCCUACAAUGCCUCCACCUCCGCGAAAAAGGUACCGCCGCCCGAAAAGGUGGCGUUUGACAAAUCUUUUGAGAGUGCAAAGCUUGCCAACUCGGAACUCGAGAAGCAUCUCAAAAAGGCAAUGGACGAUUUGACCCCUCUUCGCGCCCUGCGUCUGUUCAAACGAAUCCGCCGUGCCGAUCGUGAAUUGCUCGGGCUCUUUUCCGCGAGACCAGAAUCUUUUCUUUGGACAUACGUCCCUGCCCCUCCUGCAUGUAUCCGACCGUCGGUAGGACAAGAGGCUUCAAGCACCGAAGACGAUAUCACCGCUAAGCUCGGGGACAUCGUCGCUGCUAAUGAUGCUCUGCGCGAAACUCUUGAGAAGGGAUUGCCCUCCUCACAGAUCAUGGAACACUGGGAUUAUCUGUCCCUUCAACUGGCGAUGUACAUCAACAGCGACGUACCAGGUCUAGCGAAAGGUGAAUUUGGAAAACAGAUUAGAGGGUUCGUCCAACGUCUCAAAGGCAAGCAAGGACGUUUUCGAGGCAACCUUUCGGGCAAACGUGUCGAUUUCUCGGCGCGGACGGUCAUCUCCCCUGACCCUAAUUUGCGCAUUGACGAAGUCGCAGUCCCUAUACUGGUGGCAAAGAACAUGACCUACCCGGAAGUUGUCAACGAACUCAACAUUGAAAAGCUACGACAACGGGUGCGAAAUGGACCCAAUGUCUGGCCAGGAGCCAACCAUGUCAUUAAAAAAGAAGGAUUCAAGAACUCUCUGAAAUACAACAGUCAGCUCACGGCGAGUCAUCUAAAGGAAGGCGACGUCGUCGAACGCCAUCUCGAAGACGGAGAUGUGGUUCUGUUUAACCGCCAGCCGUCGCUACACAAACUCAGUAUCCUUAGCCAUUUCGUCAAAGUCCGACCACAUCGGACGUUUCGAUUAAACGAAUGUGUCUGCAACCCUUACAAUGCAGAUUUCGAUGGAGACGAAAUGAAUCUCCACGUUCCCCAGACAGAAGAAGCUCGGACGGAAGCAAUGCUUUUGAUGGGCGUGAAGCAUAAUAUUGUGACGCCCAAAAAUGGCGAACCGAUUAUAUCGGCAAUACAGGACUUCAUCACAGCAUCGUUCCUCUUGAGCAGCCUGGAUCAAUUCUUCGACAAGAAAACAUUCGUGACGAUGUGCUGUGGGAUGCUGGAGCCUGAAACAAAGUUCGAGCUUCCGCCCCCCGCAAUUAUCAAGCCUCAAACACUCUGGACCGGCAAGCAGGUUUUCAGCGUCUUGAUGCGUCCGAACAAGGAGUCGAAUGUGAGGGUUAAUCUUGAUGCCGCUUGCCGAGACCAUAAUCAAUACCACCCUGGCCUACAUCGAGAUCUCCAAGACGAUAGUUUCUUAUGUGUCCGCAAUUCAGAGGUGCUUUGCGGUAGGAUGGACAAGUCGACCGUCGGAUCCGGAAAGAAGAACUCGAUCUUCUACAUUCUAUACCGUGACUUCGGACCUGAUGCUGCCGCUCAGGGGAUGAAUCGCUUAUCGAAACUCUGCGCCAGAUGGUUGGGCAAUCAAGGCUUCACUGUUGGCAUCAGUGAUGUCACACCGCCUGAAAAGCUCGUCAAGGAAAAGGCUGAUAUGAUAGCCAAAGUAUUUGACGAGUGUGGCUCUUUUGUUCGAGAUUCCAAAGCAGGCAAACUGAAACGAAAGGCGGGUUUGGACGAUGCAGGCACCCUCGAAGCAGAGCAGAUCAGGGUGUUGAGUACGGUUCGAACCAACAUUGCAGGAAUUUUGACCUCUCAGCUCAGUAAAAACAACACGCCAAUGGUCAUGGCUGUCUCUGGCUCCAAGGGCUCAAACAUCAAUGUGGCUCAAAUGGCAGCUCUUCUAGGACAACAAGACAUUGAAGGAAAACGUGUUGCCGAUGGCUUUCAGGACCGCACACUACCUCAUUUCCUGAAACAUGAACGAUCACCUCCAUCGAAAGGCUUUGUUUCGAACAGCUUUUUCAGCGGGCUCCUCCCUUAUGAGUUCCUGUUCCACGCAGUGGGUGGUCGAGUUGGUCUCGUGGACACUGCGGUCAAGACAGCAGAAACCGGUUACAUGUCGCGGCGCCUGAUGAAGUCUCUUGAAGAUCUUUCUACCAACUACGAUCGCACGGUCCGCAACUCCGCUUCUAACAUUGUGCAGUUUCGUUUCGGAGAUGAUGAUUUGGAUCCCGUCGAUAUGGAGGCAAGUGCUAAACCGGUCGACUUUGACCGCACCUAUGCUCACGUUGAGGCGACCACGUUUGAUAUAAAGGACCAAGGCUUGAAGGAUACCGAGAUUUUCAGUGUCAUGGAAGAGAUCCUGUCGGCAAAGAGAGGUCUGCUGACGAGGUUUGGCUUCAAUAGUGUUGAGCUUCGCUAUGAUACUGAUGACGACAAAUUGGUGGACCAAAAUGAGAGUAACCGAGCCUUCCUCCAGUCAAUACAUGACUUUGUCAUGGCAAAGUGCCACGCCUUCAAUGAGGCGAGGGCGAAGAAACAGCAGUUUGCAUUGCCACCGUCUGGACCGGCCUCCAAAGGAAAGCGAAAAGCCGAAGCUGAACUAGAUGACGUCGGUGAAGAAGGGCCUGCGCAGAAACGACGUUCGGGCAGAAAAGGCGCAAUUCCCACCACGUCAAAGGUUUCAAAAAAGCAGAAGCCCGUCCCCAUAGACGAUCGCGCGCGAACGAGGCCGGCUCCAUCCACGAAAGACCGCUUUGAGCUCACGUCUAAGCUCUCUAAGAAGACGCUGCAAGCUUUUGUGAACCUCUGCUUGGAGAAAUAUGAGCGAGCGCGUGUUGAACCCGGGCACGCGGUUGGGGCUGUCGGUGCACAGUCCAUAGGAGAACCGGGAACUCAAAUGACGCUGAAAACCUUCCACUUUGCCGGUGUCGCAGGCAUGAGUUUGACAGCAGGUGUCCCUCGAAUCAAGGAAAUCAUUAAUGCCUCAAAGGAGAUCAGUACGCCAGUCAUUACUUGCCGGUUAGAGCGCCGAAGAGAUUUGUCGAUACCCGAAGGCCUUGCCCGCAUCGUCAAAGGCCGGAUCGAAAGUCUGUUUCUGGCAGACGUCACGUCUUAUAUCGAAAUCCACCACUUUUUAGACAGACCAAGUUGCAUCGACCUCCAGAUCUCAUUGGACACGAUUACCGAGUUGGGUCUGGAUCUCACAGUGGAGGAUAUAGUGAUUGCCAUUCAAAAACAUCGACAACUCAAAUCUGCCAAACUAAGGAUCGAGUUUCGCGGCAAGGAUGAGCUCAGGAUCUCUACAGAAUCGGCGAUCAAAUCUGCGAAGAGGGGAUCGGCGGCAAAGGCUGAUGAAGAAGGUCAAAGUGAACGUCUCAUUCGCCUUCAGACUUUGCGUCGCAUACUGCCCAACGUGCAUGUCCUCGGCCAUCCGCAAGCGACUAGAGCUGUGGUCAUGGCCGAAGACGAUCCGAGGUCAGAUGAAAUCAAAGCCAUGCGAAGAUCUAUGGCGGUGAAAACCGAGCAGGCACAUUCUACCACCGACGCUGAGGUCAAAAAGGAAGCCACGAGUGGAAAACUGUCCUCGAAAAUCAAACUCGAAGAGCCAACACCAUCCAUCCCGCCCCAUUCCGUGUCGCAAAAGGACACCGCACCUGUCCAAAUGCACAAAGUCAUGGUCGAAGGUUACGGUCUCCGCUAUUGCAUGAACACCGAAGGCGUCGACCCAUAUCACACUGAAACCAACUCUGUGAUGGAAACUCUUCAGGUUCUGGGGAUUGAAGCCGCACGCUCCAAAAUCAUCACCGAGAUCCAAGAAGUCACAAAAGGUCUGUCGAUCGAUCCACGCCACAUGUACCUGUUGGCGGACGUGAUGACCUACAAGGGUGAGGUUCUGGGCAUCACGCGUUUCGGGCUGGCCAAAAUGCGUGACUCGGUGUUACAGUUGGCCAGUUUCGAAAAGACGGCAGACCACGUCUUUGACGCUGGCGCGGCGGGCAAGGUCGACCGGAUCGAGGGCGUCAGCGAGAGUGUGAUUGUCGGCAAAACCAUGGGCGUGGGCACGGGAAGCGUCGAGGUGGUCAGGUAUUUGAACCUUGGUGCCGAUGUCUCAGGGAAGACAGGAGGAGCGUUGAAGAAGAAAGAGUGUGUUUUCGAGAAUAGUUGGGAGAGGGCGGUCAGGAAGGACAGGAAGAGAUUGUGA